AUUUCGACAGCGGCGCAGUGAAGUUCAGUUUGAGAGUCGUAAUAUUUACCUUUCAGAUAAAAGCUUGGAUAAACAUUAUUUCAAAAUGCGGGAGGAAGAUCUACAAUUGGCGCUUCAAAUGGUUGAUGAUAAUGAGGGCGAAACUGCACCCACAUCGCCGGGAAAUUCACCAAAGCCUUUAAGAAAAACUCGUGUCAUGGAUAUCUCAGAGAGACGUAAACAAUUUCGGCGAACACGCAGUUUGAAUGCGCCAUCGCCAUUCCAGCAGUUUGGUCCAUGUGGUCGCAUAAUGAAGAACUCCGCGAUGGUUAUGCAAAUCCAGGAUCCUGCAAGCCAGCGUCUGACAUGGUACAAGCCACCGCUCACUGUGUUGGUAAUCAAAAAAGUGAGCGAUGCUUCGGUUCUGGCGCCUUUUGUGCAACUCGUCACUUGGUUGCUGCAAGAGAAGAAUAUGGUCGUCUGGGUAGAAUCUGCAGUGCUGGAAGACUCACAACUCAACGAGGUGGCGCAAUUUCGGGAUAUUCGCGACAAACUGGUCACCUUCAAAGAUGGACGUGACGAUCUCACCGAUCGUAUUGACUUUAUAGUCUGUCUCGGCGGAGACGGGACAUUACUGUACGCUUCGCUGCUUUUCCAGCAAUCGGUACCACCGGUCAUGGCGUUCCACUUGGGUUCGUUGGGCUUUCUGACACCCUUUCGCUUCGAUAGCUUCCAGGAGCAGCUCACCAGUGUCCUGGAAGGCCAUGCUGCACUUACGCUGCGCAGUCGCUUGCGCUGCGUUACGCAUCGGAAGAGUGACAAACGAAAUCAAUCCAAACAUGCGGAUGCAGACCCGGAUGAUCAUUUGAAUGCCGCUCAUAAAAGCAUUUUAGUAUUAAAUGAAGUUGUUAUUGAUCGUGGACCAUCCCCGUAUUUAAGCAAUAUCGAUCUGUUUCUGGAUGGCAAGUACAUUACAUCGGUUCAGGGUGACGGUCUCAUUGUUUCGACACCCACGGGCAGUACAGCUUAUGCAGUGGCCGCUGGUGCUUCAAUGAUUCAUCCCUCUGUGCCUGCGAUUAUGGUAACGCCAAUCUGCCCACAUUCGCUGAGCUUCCGACCCAUUGUGGUACCUGCUGGUGUGGAGUUGAAGAUUUCAGUUUCGCCCGAGAGCCGCAAUACUUCCUGGGUCAGUUUUGAUGGCCGCAAUCGUCAAGAACUCUUUCAUGGUGACAGCCUGCGAGUCACCACCUCUAUUUAUCCAAUGCCAAGUAUUUGCGCACAAGAUCAAAUAUCCGACUGGUUCGCAUCGCUGGCCGAUGGACUUCAUUGGAAUGUACGAAAGCGUCAAAAAUGCCUUGACGAGCUGUCUGAUCUAACAGCAUCCGGAUCUGAGGACACUUUCGAUGAGUUUGAGAAUCUAAAGUUGUAUGAUGUGUAAACAUUAUUAAGGAGAUCUAUAUUUGCCAGUGUAUAAGCUUUAGUUUUAGAUAAACUGUGCAAUUGCUACAGGUAGUUUGUAAAUAUGUUGUAGUAAAAUAUAACAUUUGAAAAUGUGAACUAAAUUAACAAAGCUAUUCAAUUUGAAGUAAUAGUAAUAUGGAUUGCAAAGUGGUUUCAACGGUUUGAUGCAUUUAUACAGAAAAUAAUGCAUUUGUUUCAUAUUUUUGUUUUGAAGUAAACGAUCGGUUGAUAUGUACCCUAUCAAAAUGUAGUGAUAGACUUAUAGUUGAAUUAAACGAGCGUUUAUAUUAUCA